AAGAUCUGAAACCUGUAGCUAGCAUUUGUAUUGUUCAUUAAUGCAAAUCCAUCAUGUUAAAUUUCUCUGCAAAAAUCUCGAGAAUGGGACCCACCAUCCUCACGCUACUCUGUCAGUCACAAUGCAUGAGCAAUGAACUCCCUUGGAAUUGCUUUCAUAACCGACACACACCAUCAAUAGUAAACCCUUCAUUUCUUUUGUUAGAUUGAACUCUGAGAACUGAGAUCACAAGAGUCAAUGCAGGUGUUAAGACUCAACCAGUGUUAACUAUUCAUCCAUUAAGGAGAUCUCCGAUUUUAUAGAUGAGUUAACUUUUUAUUAACACAGCUCCGGAAACUUUUCAACAAAUAAUACUACAAAAGUCCAAAAACUAAUCCCAAAGUUCCCAAAACAUCUGUACUGUACUGUCAUUUUUCCAAAAGUUUUCUCAUCACUUCUGCUUCCAAACACACUCACGAAUGGCAACCUUUGUGGCUCUUCUUCUUCUACAAGUUCUACUUUUCACACCCCCUUAUGCUAAUUCUCAAAAAAUGAACCCCUUAGAUCUCAAAGCUCUUCUUUCCAUAAAAAACACUCUCACCUCAAUCUCACCCACAAACUCCUUCUUCUCAACAUGGAACUUCACCUCCCCAAAUCCCUGCACCACUUUCUCCGGCAUCACCUGCACCUUCAACCGAGUCACCAUUCUCUCACUCGGUAUCGACAGACACCCCCUCGCCGGCUCACUCCCCUCCUCCAUCUCCUCCCUCACCGAGUUAACCCAGCUCAUACUCUCCCCCGGAAUCGUAACUGGUUCCAUCCCACCUCAGCUCGCUCAACUCACCAACCUCCGUGUCAUCUCCCUCCCCAACAACCGCUUCACCGGCACCAUUCCCGCCACAUUCUCCUCUCUCACAAAUCUCCACACACUCGAUCUCAGUCACAACCAACUCGCCGGAACAAUCCCACCGUCGCUCACCGCGUUACCACAACUCCGAAUAUUAAUCCUCGCUUCGAACUCCCUCACCGGAACGUUACCGGAAAACGUUUUUUCACCGCUACUUCAUUUGGAUUUGAAAAACAACGUACUAACAGGAACGUUACCAACGUCAUUUCCGUUAUCUCUACGUUAUCUUUCGUUAUCACAGAAUCAAAUGUGGGGUCCACUUACCAACGGAACACUAGAGUCGCUUUCAGAUUUGGAGUUUCUUGACCUGAGCAUGAAUCAAUUUACUGGGCCUAUUCCAGCCCAGCUCUUCUUCAGGCCCAUGCUUUCUUCACUCUUCUUACAACGAAAUUAUCUUUCUGGUGGGCUUCCAUUAAAGCCUGAAGAUGGAGAACCGUUGGUUGGAUCAAACGGUCAAGGUUCGAUAGUUGAUCUAAGUCAUAACUUAAUCAGCGGAGAAUUAUCAACGGUGUUAGAUGGAGUUGAGAGUUUAUUUUUGAAUAAUAACCGUUUGAUGGGAAAGGUGCCUGAAGAGUAUGUCAAGAGCGUGUGUCGCGGUAGCACUCGAACACUCUAUCUUCAGCAUAACUACUUCACGGGGAUACCGUUGAAUGAAGGAAUCGUGCUGCCUGAUACGGUGUCCUUGUGCUUGUCGUAUAACUGCAUGGAACCUCCGGCGAAGCAAAUGACUUGUCCGGCGAAUGCCGGAGAAGAAUUGUCGAGGCCGGCAGCACAGUGCUCUGUGUUUAACAAUGAUGACAGUGGUUAAUUGGAUUAGACUUAGGCAAUUAAUAUGAAGGUUUGAGUAUAGCUUAAUUUUCAAUUUUUAUUUUAUUUUUACCAUUGAUAGUGUAAUAAGAUGUAUUUUAGUGUAGAGAAACGUUAUGUGAUCAAAUGUAUUAUUAAUAUUGUGAUGAAAUGAAAUGAAGCACUUCAAUUAUGUGUUAA